UCUAUUCCCUUCUGCCAUAUCUGGGGCGGGAAUCGGAACGCCCUUCUACAUUGUGCCUUUACGCUUGAAAAAGUUGGAACAUCACCCGAUCCAAAUGCCACAUUCGAGUGCGUUUUGGAAUGCAGGCAGGAGGAUUGCCAGGGUGCCCGACAGCUACUGACCUUUAAACUUGUUCCCAAUGAUUGCAAGGUGUCAGAGAGCAGAUUUACCCAGGAGAAGCCCAUUUUGGACGAAAUUUCCGGUCAAUGCUCUUGGAUUUCCCCGUACCUCUCGCUUCGACUCUGCACCCUUCUUGAUCCUAUCUCAUCUCAAGGGAACGAUUGGCGCCAGUUGGCCCAACGACUUGGCAUGGAGAGUCUUGUGCCGUACUUCGGAACACUACCACAUCCAACUGAAAUGAUUUUGACCCUGUGGGAGGCCGCGAACGCCGAACGUCUGCCCACGUCUCUCAGUGAUCUUCGAGCAGCAUUCUACGCCAUGCAAAGGCCCGACUGCGCGGCCCUUCUUUCUGAAUCCCCCAACCGAACCGCUGUUAGAUGA